UAUUGUAAUUUCAACAAUAGAGAACAGGUGGGUGGUGGGGCCCGCCAUUAAUGUGCAGCCAGCAACAAAAACCAAAAACAAGUCUUAUUAAUGGGAUUAGACAAUUACGGAAAUGAAAACUGGCAUUGACCGAAUUAUUUUUUUCCCAGAAAAUUGAAAGUAAAGAAGAAUCUUUAGUCUUAAACAAAGCAUUGUUUGAGACUUUAAAGUCUCUGUCUUAAAUGGUGGUUGCGAGGAAGCUUCGUUCCGGUGGGUGGAUACCAGUGCCGCCCAUGCUUCUCUCUUCUCCGAUCAACAAUUUCAAUCUGUCUGUGAACGGUUCCAUCUUCUAAUACUGGGAGGAUCAAUCUUCGGCAAUUACAGAUUAGUUAUAGCACUUGUUCAUCGAUCUCCUUGAUCUUUGUUUGAUGGCUGCUAUGGGAUUCCAAGAAGCCUCCUCAACUCGGUAUUCUUAUCAUGUUUUCUUAAGUUUCAGAGGAAAAGACACCCGAAAAACCUUUACUGGUCACCUUUAUACAGCUCUGCUGCAUGCCGGAAUACGUACCUUUAGGGAUGAUGAUGAACUUGGGACAGGAGAUGAUAUCUCUUCAGAAUUAAUAAAGGCAAUCGAAGAGUCCAGGAUUUCAAUAAUUGUCUUCUCAAAAGACUAUGCAUCUUCAACAUGGUGUCUUGAUGAACUUCUAAAGAUCCUUGAACGCAAGAAGAGCGUUGGUCAUAUAAUUGUGCCUGUGUUCUACCAUGUGGAUCCAUCUGAUCUAAGGUGGCUAAAGGGGAGUUUUGCAGAAGCAUUUGCAAAACACGAAAAAAGAUUGGAGUUGGGGUCAGAUGAAAGAAAAGAGAAGGGAAUGGACAAGAUAAAGCGGUGGAAGGAAGCUUUGAGAGAAGUUGCAGAUUUGUCAGGAAUGAUAUCAAAAGAUGGGUAUGAGUCAAAUUUUAUCCAAGAAAUCGUUAAAGAGAUUAGCAACAAAUUGAAUCGCACAAUGUUAAGUGUUUGUUCCUAUCCAGUUGGAUUAGAUUCUCGUAUAAAUGACAUUAAUUUGUGGUUACAAGAUGGAUCAUAUGAAGUUGGGAUUGUGGCAAUCAGUGGUAUGCGUGGAAUAGGGAAGACAACCAUCGCGAAAACUUUAUAUAACUUGAACUUUGACAGAUUCGAAGGUAGCAGUUUUCUUGCAAAGGUUAGAGAAACAUCAGAAGAACCCAGAGGUCUGGUUCGUUUACAAAAACAACUUCUUUCUGAUAUUUUAAAGGGAAAAAAGGUAAAAAUUAGUAGUGUUGACGAAGGAAUCAUAAAGAUAAGAGAUUCUAUUUGCUGCAAAAGAAUUUUACUUAUUCUUGAUGAUGUGAAUGAACAAGACCAAUUAAAUGCAGUACUCAUAAUGAGAAGUUGGUUUCAACAAGGAAGCAAAAUUAUCAUAACAACUUCAAAUGAGCAAUUGUUGAAGGCACAUGAACUGCACAAGGUGCACAAAGUUAAGGGAUUAACUGAUGAUGAAUCAUUUCAGCUCUUCAGUUGGCAUGCCUUUGGACAAGAUCACCCCAUUGAAGGAUAUAUGGAGCACACAGAAAAUGUUGUAAAGUAUUGCGGAGGGCUUCCUUUAGCUCUUCAAAUUUUGGGUUCUUCUCUAUCUGGAAGAAGCGUAGAUGUGUGGGAAAGUGCAAUAAAGAAAUUGGAAGCAAUUCCUGACAGUCAGAUCAUAACAAAACUCAAAAUUAGCUUUGAUUCUUUAGAAGGGGACCACGACAAAAAUUUAUUCCUUGACAUUGCUUGUUUCUUUGUUGGAAUGGACCAAGAUUUUGUAAUUACAGUACUUGAUGGUUGUGAAUACUACACAAAAGUUGGGAUUGACAACCUCAUUAAAAGAUGUCUCGUAACUGUCAACAUAGACAACGAGCUGACAAUGCAUCAGUUGCUUCGAGACAUGGGAAGAGAAAUAGUACAUCGUGAAUCGCCAAAGGAGCCAUCAAAACGCAGCAGACUCUGCCAUCACAAGGAUGCCUUAAAUGUAUUGAUAGAAAAAACUGGAACAGAAAUCAUUGAAGGCCUCAUCCUCAACCUGCAUGGAAGCAAUUCUUCAGAGCGGAUUGGUCUGGGCUUCUUCUCUUGGCUCCCUGUAACUUCUACCUUGAGAGAGUCAUUUUCCACAUUAACUGAAGUGGACUUACAAACCAAUGCAUUUUCAAGGAUGCACAAUCUAAGACUGCUUCACCUUAAUAAUGUAAGGCUUGCUGGAAACUACAAACAAUUUCCUAAGAAGUUGAUAUGGUUGUGUUGGUGUGGGUUCUCUUUGGAAAUUAUACCCAUUGAGUUUUCUCUGGGGAGCGUUGUUGUUCUUGACAUGCAAAAUAGUAGCUUGAAACAAGUUUGGAAGGGAAAAAAGUUUCUCAGAUCAUUAAAAAUCCUCAAUCUCAGCCAUUCCCAUUGCCUUACUAAUACGCCUGAUUUCUCAAAUGUCCCUAAUCUUGAGAGAUUGAUUCUUAAAGAUUGCAUGAAUUUGAUCGAGGUUCAUAAAUCCAUUGGGGAAUUGGGGAGACUAGUUUUGUUGGAUCUGAAAGACUGCAAAAAUCUUAGGGAGCUUCCAUUGGAAAUUGGCCGGCUGAAAUCUCUUGAAUAUUUCAUUCUCUCUGGUUGCUCAAAGCUCUACCAGUUCCCUAGGGAACUGGGUGGAAUGGAGUCUUUGAAAAUGCUCCACGCAGAUGGAACUGCCAUAAAUCAAUCACUGUCAACAACCACUGAAGUAAGAUCAUGGCUUUCAUACUUGUGGUAUUGGGGAUCAGGGCCAAGAGAAAUUCCAGAGUACUCCAUCAGUUUUGUACUGACUUCUUUACCACGCUCGUUAACAAGCUUAUGUCUUAAAGAUUGCAAUCUAUCGGAUGAUCUUAUUCCAAGAGAUCUUGGCAACCUAUCCUUGUUGCGGCAAUUGGAUCUAAGCGGAAAUCCUAUCCAUAGUCUACGAGAGAGCAUCAAGGGUCUCACUAUGCUCCAAUCACUUGUAUUACAAGAUUGCAUAACACUCCAGUCGCUUCCGGAGCUCCCAAUGAGUUUACAGAUGCUGAAUUUAAGAAAUUGCAGGUCAUUGAAAAUGUUAAUAAAUCUACCAAAUUGGUCGAGUUCACUUCUCGUACAUCUAAGUGGCUGUGAAAAAUUACUUGAGUCUCAGAGAUUGUAUAAGUUGGAACCCAUUGGAAAAAUUGACACAAAAAUUAUGAGCAAUUUGGGCUUGUUCAGUUUGGAAUUCUUGAAAAAUGUUAAGCUGGCAUUCAGGAAAAACAUGCCUGGGGGUCGGUAUCAAUUAUUCCCUCAUGUCCUGGGGCUGACUGAAUUUGGUAUUUUUAAUACUUACGUCCCUGGGAGCGAGGUUCCAAGCUGGUACAGCUUUAAGAGCACGGGAUUUCCAAUAUGUUUUAAAGUACAACCUCCAUCUCCCAAUCUCAAGAUUGAUGGCAUGAAUGUAUGUGUUGUCUAUACGUAUAACCCCAUGGCAGAAUUUGAUAGUCCUCCUGAUCCUCCCAUGACAAGAUGUAGUAUACAUGUUAGAAAUAGGACCAAGCGUAUGGUGUGGACCUAUUGGCCAACGGUCAUAGGCAUUACUGGAAACAUUUAUACGAUGUGGUUAAGCCAUUGGAAGAUCAAGGAAGAGUUGCAAGUGGAUGAUGAAGUAGAAGUUUCAGUGGUACUCAUUCCUUUUUAUGUGAUAAAGGAGUUGGGAAUCCAUGUUGUGUUCCGCGAAGACGCUAAGGGUAUGGAAUACUACACUGUCAGCACCUCUCCUUAUUGUCAAAAUGUCGAUGAUGCAGAUGUCUAGAAAUAUCAGCUGGUGAAAAGAGGUGAAUACUUUUCUUUGCUUUGGAGAUUAUGUGUUCCAUCAUAAACACAUACAUAUCAUGGAAUGAAGAAUCCACAAGUUUGAUCCGACAGCAAUGGUUUCAGAAGGUGACAUAUAUGACUAGUGGCUGUAAGGAUAUAAAUGUGCAGCAGCAAUGGCAAUAAUGACUCACAGCUAAAAGAGAGAAUUACAGAUCUCUGCAUUAGAUAUAGGCGAGUUCCGUGGACCAUGUUGGUUUGGUGAAUGAUCAGUGUGCGGAAACAAAGCUUGAUGAUAUGUUUCCCGGUUUUGCUGUUUCUAUUUGUGUUCAGUGAAGAAUUUAGUUGAGAUAUGGUAUCAUUGCUUUAUUUAGUUGGAAUGUGGAAUUUGUAACACACUUUGUAUCUGCCAUUUCUCAAUCUAUUGCAUCUACCUUCUCUCCUUUCCAUGAA